CCGAAGGAGAUGAUAGCGGCGCCUUCGUCCUCCCCUGACCUGCUUCCUCCUUCACCUCCUUCACCGCCUCCGCCGUCUCAUCCCUCGCCUUCCCUCUCAAAAGUGGAGGAGGAGGAGGAGGAGGAGGAGGAGGAGGGUGCUUUUCUCCGACUCGUGUGUGGAGGAGAAGCGUCAAGGGAGAUGCCAGAAGUAUAUGCGACGUUUUCCUCCUCCUCCUCUUCCUCUUCUUCCUCUUUCUCUUUUUCUUCUUCUUUCUCCACCGAUCCCCAUGUUACCUCUCUUCCAAGCGCUGUUUCGUCCCCAUCCUCCUCCACCUCCUCCUCUUCCUCCUCCUCCUCCUCCUCAGACCAUCCCUCCUUAGUCAGCGAUGAUUCAGUUAUACCUCACACUUCUCCAUCUUCUCCUGAUCUUCACUCAUCUCCACCUCUCCACUCGCUCUCUGCACGCCUCCACAUGCCUUCGUUUGCUCUCCACCUCUCAAAACACCGUCCUAUUUCUCCUCACCUUUAUCACCCUCCCGCCUAUCUCCCCCGUUCGUCCUUCCCCUUCCUACCAUCGCAGAGUAACGAAGCAGAAGGAGAAGCAACUCGCAGGAAGAGGGGAGCGAAGGGGACAAAGAGAGUGAAGAUAAAGGGAGACGAGAAACGAACGGAAACACAGGAAAAAGGAGAAGGAGACAGGAAAAGGACGAGGACGUGGAAGAGUGCAAAAACGGACGGGAAAAGAGAACGGGAGAUGGAAAAAGGUGAAAAAGAUGCGUAUUUUGGAAGAGCGAAGAGUCGGGUGGCGGACAAAAUGCCGGAGAGAAAGAACGACGAAAGGGAAAAAUGGAGUAGAAGCGGUAAAAACAGAGAGGAGAGCAGCUUCGGAAAUAAACAUGGAAGGAAAACAAAAUACGAGAAAACAAUUACGGAGCGAGAAAAACCGAGCCAGAGGUGGAGGAAAGACCAGGCAGAGGAAAAAGAGGAGGAAAAGGGAGAGAAAGGCAGAAAGAACGGGGAAAAAGACGCGAAAGCCGAGAGGACAAAGAAAAACAAGUGGAGAGAAGAUAAAAAUGACAAGCGGCGCGAAGAGAAAGAUGAGAGAAAAUCCGUCGAGGAAAAAAGAAGAGAGAGGAAAGAGGAAAAUUCGAAAAUAAAAGACCCCACAAGGAAAACUUAUAAAGAGAAAAGUGAGAAAGCAGAUGACAAAAACAAAUCAUGUAAAGAGAAAGAAAAGGAGAAAGACGAGGAGAGGAGAGGAAGAAAACUAUCGAAAGAAGAGAGAAGAGAAAUCGAGUGUAAGGACAGGAAGACAAAUACGAGAAGAGAUGAAGGUUAUAAGAACGAUGAAGACAAAAGAAGAGAAAACAUAAAGGAUGACGCACGAAAGGAGAAAAGAAACAGAAGUAAGGAAAAGAAGGAUAAAAAGUCUCGUACCGAGAGCAAAAAGAGGAAAGACAAAAAGGAGGACAAAAAGAAACACUUGAAACAUGAAAAAGAGGAUAAAGACACUAGGAAAACAAAUGAAAAAAAGGACAAAGAUUACAAGGAUUAUGAAAAGAAAAACGAAGACACAAAAUGGAAACAGGAAAAGCAAAAAACAGAGAAAGACAAAAAACAAGAAAAGGAAGAAGACAACAAACGCAAGAAAGACAAAGACACAAGAAAAGACAAUCUGAAGGAUACGAAAUUAUGCAAAGAGGAAAAAUCGAGUCAUUCCAAAGACAGCAAGAAGAACAAGGAAGGGAAAACGGGUAAGGAAAAAGAAGAAAGGGGAAGAACAUAUAAAGAAAAAGAAGAAAAAGGACAAUCUAAAUGCAAGGACUCUAAACGGAGGGAAGACAAGAAUAACAGAGAUAAAAGCGCCCGGAGAAUGGAGGGAGAAAAGAAAACAGACAAAACACGGCAGGCGAAGAGAAAGAAUGAAAGAGACGAGAAGAAAGGGAUGACUGGGGAAGGCGGCAGGAAGGAGAACAAGGAGAAAGAUAAGCAAGAAAAGGAUGAAUGGGGAAUGAAAUCGAAGAGCAAGAAGGAUGAAAAGGAGGAGAAGAAAAGGAUGCAAGAUAAAGAUAGGAAGAUAGAUGACAAGGAAAAAGACAAAGAAGCGAAGAAGAGUAAAUGGGGAGAAUCGAAAAGAAUCAAGGACGAAGGAGAAAAGAAGAAAGGUAUAAGAGAUAAGUACGAUAAAAAGGAAGAAAAACAAGAUAAAGUUUACACGCGAAGAAAAUUUGGGGAGACACAAAAAAGAUGGAAGGAUGAAAGAGAACAAAGGAAAAAUAAGAAAGAGAAGGACAACGAAGAGGAGGAGAAAAGGAGCGACGGGAAGAAGAGGAAGAAUAAAAAGGAAGACAAGAAAGAUAAAAAUGAGAACACACGCAAACGACAAAGAGGAAGAACAGGAACAAGACCUAAAGUGAAACAAAUCUCACAAAAUAUCCCAUCCAGACGCACAACCACAACCACAACCACCACCACCACCACUCACAGUCCCACUCAACAAACCCACUCACCCACGCGCCAGCUGACUAAGACCACCACCACCACCACUACGACUCAGCCCACUCGACCCACUUACCGGUUCCCCACUCAGGCCUUUCCGCAACCCAGCCCACAGCCCUCUCACACAAGCUUUCAUCACACUCACGCAGCUUCCCAUCCCACUCAGCCCUCUCAUUUCUCUCCCGAGCCAACUCUUUUUAGCGUCCAACCAUCUUAUUCCACUUCUCAAAGACCUCAUCUCUCCUCUCCUUUUCCCUCUCCUAUCCCCUCUUCCUCCUCCUUUCCAUAUAUUUCACCUUCUGAAUAUCCCUCUACCUUCCCCUCCUCCUCCCCCUCUCCCUCUCCUUCGCCUUCCAUAUUUGCUAUUACUUUUCCAUCGUCAGCCUCCUCCCAGUCUCCCUCUUCCUCUUCGUCUCCGUCUUCCUCCCCCUCUCCCUCCCCUUUCUCUUCUAUCUCUCCCCCGCCCUCCUCCUCCUCCUCCGCCGCCGCCGCUCAAGGGCCCCUCCAGCAUCGGUCUAAUCAUACCUGGAGAGUCGACUACCUGGACCCUUCCCUCAGUUUCACAGUCGUCGGUGCUUCGCUACAGCUGAAGGCCAAGACGGGACACGCUGAUUGGCUCCUCUCGAACACACGUUUCUCCCUCCACUCUCCGUCCUCUCCUUCCUCCUCGUCCUCCUCCUCCUCCUCCUCCUUACCAAUCACAGUUUAUCAUUCUCGUCGUCAUAGUGAUUCUACCCCUCCUUUCCCUCAUUCUCCUUUCCCUUCUACUUUUGCAACCACAUCAUCAUCAGACUCCUCCUCCCCCUCCUCCUCCGAAGGCCCCGCACUCGCCAUCCUCCAAUGUUCACCGAAGAAUUCUCCUCCCAAGGUUGUACUACUGGCAAAAGAGUGCGGGAAGAGGCGGGGAGAUGAGGUCUUCCCGUCUGAUGCUGUGGUGCUGUGUCCUGACCCCACCAGCCUUCCCCUCCCGCCACAGCAAUCAUCAAACCAGCGUGGGGAGGAGGAGACACAGCAAGCACCACCACAGCCAAUUGACGAAGUUUCCACCACAUCUCAGCUUCCACAUCCUUCAGAACAGGAGGUCCCAGAGGAAGACCAAGAGAAAAAGGACUUCUUCAACGUCACCAUAAUCACAUCCAAAGAGACACAAGGGAGCAACGCCACCACCAACACCACUUCCAGUACCACCGAUACCACCAUAACCAACACCACAAGCGUCCAGAUGAUCGAGGAUGCAACGAAGACGAGUGAAGACGAGGAAGACGAAACAAAUGACGCAGCAUCCGACGACGACCACAAUGACACAGAGGCAAUAGAGAAAGAUAAAGAGAUGGAAUAUGAAGAAAAAAAGAAAGAAACGACAGAGGGAACAGAGGAGGAGGAAGGCGAGAAGGCCGAGGAAAAUGAGGGGCUUUAUGUGGAAGAGAGUUUCUACGAGGAUGAAGACCUAGAAAAGGGAACAGAUGAUUUGGUGUUCCUGCAGGGAGGCACGUGGCCAGAUGGAGUUGCCCAGCUUGCACCACCGAGAGAUGUGAAUGGCCUCAGGGGUGAACAGUACGGCGCCGGGCGUGGUAACGGGGGCCUUCGUCGAGCAUCCCGGGACCUGGGCUUGUCACACUACCCUCACUCAGAGUCCGCCCCCCAGCUGCGCUACACGCCCAUCGAGCAGACGGUGUCUCCCGGGGCGCCCGUGUCCCUCAAGUGCUCGGCCGUGGGCUCCCCGCUCCCGGUGAUCACCUGGACCCGCGACCAGCAACCCCUGCCGCCCUCCCACAGGACCAGCGUGGGCAGCUUCCGCACGGCGCUGGGGCAGGUGGUGAGUCAUGUCAACCUGAGUGACGUAACAGUGCGGGAGGGCGGCGCCUACACCUGCACCGCCCACAACGCCCACGGCUCCCAGUCACACUCCGCCCGCGUCAACGUUUACGGUCCGCCCUUCGUACGCGCCAUGCCCAACAUAACGGCCGUGGCCGGGGAGGACGUGCGGCUGUGGUGCCCCGCAGGAGGCUUCCCAACGCCAGCCAUCUCGUGGAGGAGGGACAACCGCGCACUCCCCGCCUCAAUCAAGCAGGAGGUGCAGAGCAACGGCACGCUGCUGGUGCGCGCCGCCAGCCACGAGGACGCGGGCCGCUACUCCUGCGUGGUGACGGGCAGGCAGGGGCAGACCGCCGCCUCCCACACCUUCCUCCACGUUCUCAAACCCCCUGAAAUCGACACAUUCACCUUCCGCCAAGGCCUGGAGGAGGGCCGCAGAACGCAGCUGUCGUGCAUGGUGACGAGCGGCGACCUGCCCAUCACCAUCAACUGGCUCAAGGACGGCCGCCACCUUCAACACGACCCCGACCUCGAGAGUAAACAAGUUAGCGACUUCUCCAUGGUGCUGGUGUUCAAGCGGCUGCAGGAGCACCACUCGGGCGCCUACACCUGCGAGGCCGCCAACGCCGCCGCGGCCGUCAACCACACCGCCAUGCUCAAGGUCAAGGUGUCGCCCCGGUGGGUGGUGGAGCCCGGGGGAGGCACGGCGCUGGUGGGGUCCACGGUGGUGCUGGACUGCAGCGCGAGAGGCCAUCCCCAGCCCGUCAUUACCUGGAUGAAGGCGCCAGGUAAGGUCAAGGGUGACUUUCAGCCGCUGGUGGUGGAUGGCUUGAGCUCCUCGCAGGCCUCCAACGGGUCGCUGAUCCUGAAGGACGCCAAGACCACGGACGCCGGCUGGUACCUGUGUCGAGCCGGGAACUCUGUUGGGAAGCCGAUCUCCAAAGCCGUCCAGCUGACUGUUCAUGCCCCUGCCCGCGUGGUGACGGAGGGCGGCAGGGUGACGGGCCACGCCGGACAGGUGGUGACGGUGGCGUGUGAGGCCACAGGUGACGACCCGCUCACCCUCACCUGGCUGAGGCACCACGCGCCCAUCUCACCUGGCCACAGGGCCACAGUAACAGAGAGUGAAGGCGGCGGGAUGGUGCGCGCAGUGCUGGAGAUGCGCUCCGUCACCUCUGCCGACGCGGGGCCAUACACCUGCCGCGCUAGCAACCCGCACGGGGACCACUCGCAGGUGUUCGACGUAGCCAUCAUAGAGCCACCGACGCCACCCUCCAACGUGGGGAUAAGCGAGGUCACCAGCCGGUCAGCCGUGGUGACCUGGAGCCUUCCCCAGCCUGCCGCCGUCACCAUACAAUAUAAAGCGGAGGGCGAGACGUGGUCCAAGCAAGGCCGCAACGUCAGCGUGGGUCAGUGGACGGCGUCGCACGUGCUGACGGGCCUCUCGCCGCACCUCACCUACGCCGUCAGGCUCAUGGCGCACAACGACCUGGGGGUGUCGCUGCCUUCGCCCACCCAGAUGUUCACCACCACGGAGGAGGCGCCCUCCGGAGCCCCGCGGGACGUACGGGUGGCGGCCUCGGGUCCUCGCUCCCUGCUGGUAACGUGGCGCGCCCCGGACCGUCGCCUCACCCACGGCGCCCUCAGAGGCUACACGCUCGCACUGCGCCGCCAGAACCUGCAGGGACACUUCACCUUCAUCACCAGGCCCGUCACAGACCUGGGCGGCGUGGAGCAGUACGAGGUGCGCGGGUUGGUGCCGGCGACCCUGUACGAGGUGGCGGUGCGGGCCUUCACCAGGGCGGGGCCGGGGCCACUCUCCUCACCCAGGAUCGUCGACUCCACGUCCCAUGACGCCCCGUCGUGUGCUCCCGCCGGCGUGUCGUGUCGCGGGUCGGGUCGGGGUGGCGUCAGGGUGUGGUGGUCGCCUCCGCCCGCCAGCUGUGUCCAUGCCCCUGUCAGCGGCUACACCAUCGUCGCCACGCCAGCCAGACACGUCCAGGCCUCGUCCACUGAUGGCAAUUCGUGGGAGGUAAACACGACCAAUCUAGAGAAGAACUUGGACGCUCUGCCGCCCGCCACCAACAUCAGCGUAAGGGUCAAGGCGUACAACGAGAUCGGCUUCAGCCCGCCCAGCCGACCGGUCUUCUGUAUCACUGAGGACGAUGUGCCCGGCUCGCCCGAGGGGUUACGGGCGGUGGUGACGGGCCCCACCACUCUGCUGGUCACCUGGUCGCCUCCCCGCCCCCACACCGGCACCAUCCUGCACUACACCCUCUACUCCUCCAGGGACGACCAGGUGGCGAUGCGGGACGUGGUGGGCGCCGGCGGCUCUGAGGCCACGUGGCGGGAGCUGAGCGGCCUCACGACGGCCUCCAGAGUGCAGGUGUGGGUGACGGCCACCACCGUGGCAGGGGAGGGCAACCAGUCCCCCAGGAUCACUGCCAUUCCCAACCCCAAGCCCAGCUACACCCCAGUGGCAGUGGGCGGGGGACGGUUAUGGCAGGUGGGCGUGGGGGCAGGCGUGACUCUGGGCUGCCGAGGACUGGGCUCACCGACCCCCACCAUCAGCUGGACGCGCGGCGGCGUUACAGUCACCAGUGGACAGCUGACGCAGCUACUGCCUGGGGGAGACCUGCACCUCACAGCGGUGCGAGAAUCUGACAACUACACGUGCUGGGCGCGGAGCAGUGCGGGCGUGGACAGCCUGACACACCAGGUGGUGGCGCUCACCCCGCCCGCCGCGCCCUCCCUCUCCCUCUCCCACGCCACUUACCACGCCCUAAACCUUACCAUCACGCCAGCGGGUGACGGAGGCGCCCCCAUAUUAGGGUACACUGUACACCACCGAGGCCGAGCCGGGGAGUGGGUGGAGGUGGAGGUGGCCCCUGGAGUGAGCGGGGCUGUGGUUAGAGGGCUGCCGUGCGGGGCGCCUCACCACGUCUACCUCACGGCGUGGAACAGCCAAGGCGCCUCGGCCCCGAGCCCCGUCCUGGUGGCCAGCACGCUCGGCAGCCCCCCAGGCCGCCCGGAACCUGAACGCCUCGUGGAGGUCAACUCGACAUGCGUCACGUUGCGCCUCUACGCCUGGCCCGAGCUGGGCUGUCCCGUCACGCACUGGAAGGUGGAGUUGGGCAGCGAGGAGGAUGGAGUGGCCUGGACACCCUUGCACUCACGGGUCACCCUCGAUACUACUGACCUGGGCGUGUGUGACCUCGCCUCGGCCUCGUGGCACUUGCUGCGGGUCACGGCCUCGUCCACGGCAGGGGAUACAACGGUGGUGUACCGCGUGGCCACCACCGACGGCGCGGGAGGCUCCAUCGCGGCGGAGUCGAUUCAAGAGGUGCUGGUGAGCGGUGGUGGCGGCCCCGGCGGCUGGCUGGACGCUCACAUCGUGGCGGGGGUGGUGAGCGCGCUCCUCCUCGCCACGGCCUUCAUCAUCUGUGUGUGCGUGGCCGUCAGGAGGAGGCGGUACGGCGGCUACAGACAAGGGGACAGUGUGGACACGAAGGGCGGGGGCGGCGAGGACGACAACGCCCGCAACUCUGAGCUAACCCGCGCCCACCUGUACUCCCCGACGCCCACCAAGAAGCCCCGCGGCUCCUUGGCGUCCCUCAAGACCCAGGACGACGCCUCGGACCCCUACGAGAUCUGCCCAUACGCCACCUUUAGUGUCGGUAGCUCGGAUGGCACCUUAGAGUACGGUCUGUCUCUCCACGCCAUGACCCCCCGGGACUGCCUGGACCACCCCUCCUCCACCGCGACGCAUCCACACCCCAGUGACCGCCACGCCCCAGCACCGCCCCAGUCCCCGGCAGCCUAUGGACACGUCGGGAGGCAGCGCUCGCAGUCACACUACAAGGAGACGGAGAUCGCUUACAUCACACGCGGCGGCAGAGGGGAGUACGGAAGCAGACCCAAGUCCAUCCCUGGCGCCCAGCUGCCCCCGACCUCCAACACCGCCCCCGCCGCCGCCCCUGUCGUCGCCGCCGCCGCCACCCCGGAGCAGAGGCAGUGGGCGGAGGAGGCAAGGAAGGACACGCGUGGCAGACAGCACCGCCCCAGGAGCCGAACUAGAGCAGAUACGCCGGGGGGAGGACGCGACUCCAGCACUGAGAGCAACGACGCCUCCUCCCCGGUGCAGCAGGGGCGCCACCACCAUCACUUCCAGCACCACCACCACCACCAGCAGGCAGGGGGCGGCGCGGGGGUGAGAGUUGGCCCCCACCCCCUGCCACCUGUCCGCCAUGCCAGAGCGCGAACUGAAUCCUCCUCCAGCGAUUCCUCGACGCUCACCCCGCCCCGGCCCCUCCACCCGCCCUCGGCCUUCUCCGACUCCCGAGAGCUGUCCGAGGCCGAGUGUGACCGAGAGCUGCGCCGGGGUGCCGAGGGGGAGGCCGGGAGGACGAGAGGAGGCCAGCAGGAGAUCAAGGCUGAGCUGACGGUGCUGCUACAACGGUAUCAGCAGCAGCAGCAGCACCACAGGGACGAGGAUCCAGCCCAACAGCCGCAGCCGGAUGCCAAGCGACGAGCACCAGAAAGAAACCCUUACACGAUUAAUGUUUAGUCUCCCUUUGUACAUAAUGAAAAACAAUAAAAAAUAAAUAAAAAAUGAAAAUAACGAUGAUUAUGAUGACUGUGAAUAAAAAAAGAUAUACGUCAGAUUAUAUAAAAAAAAACAUGGUAUUUAUUACGAAAAGAAUAGGAUGUCUGAUUUACGCUUUUUUUUUUAAGUCAGCCUCAUCCAUAUUGCAUUUAUUCCAUUAUAUUAUUAUUUUGAUAUUUUAUAAUCGUGUAGUCUUCAUGUUCCACUCUCUGAGACUUGUGAUGUUUGAGAUAGUAAUAGCAUUAAUUAUGGUUAUUUUUGCGUAACUGUGAUGGCUGGUUUUAUUCCUACUAUGUGUAACGAAAAUGAAAAAAAAAUAUUGAUAACAGGUAAAAAAAACAUACGAAUUUUGGAAUAAUUACGUGCGCAGAUGUGAGCGCCUGAACCCAAUGUGUGUGUGUGUGUGUGUGUGUGUGUGUGUGUGUGUGUGUGUGUGUGUGUGUGCUGCUUCUCGGUUCCAUCAUCUCGACGUGCGUUGUAUAUAUGUGCUGAAUAAAAAAAAAGAUAUUACUGAAGUUCCAUUUUU